GAAUUUUCUCUUGCCGGUCUCGUUUAGACUAGUCUUUCUCUCUCUAGAAGGUUUUAGUAUUUAUUUUAGUAAUAAAAUAAUUAAUUGAAAUGUAGUAUUUGAAGGACCAAUUUUUCCUCCAAAUAAACCACCACUGGAAAAGAAAAACUAGACUCUAAAUUCAUUACAACUGAAGAAGAAGAACAAAUACAAGAAGAAGAAGGAGAAAUAGAGAGAGUUUGUUGUAAGUUAUAGACUAAUACAGAGUUUGAAGAAAGGGAGAGUGUCAAAGGCAAAAGAAAGAAAAAAAAGGUUAAAAGAGAAAACCCUUUAAUUAUCUGUAAUUGAAAUGCUUCUUAUAAUUUUAUUAUUUGAAGAAGAAGAAGAUGCUUUAUCAGUUUUCUAAAUUACAAGGUAAAAUUAACAGUUAGAUCUCAUCAAAAACAUCAACAGCAACAACAACAACAACAGAAUCAAAAUUAGGAGUUGGUUUUGAUUUCGGAAUAUGGGUUCUAGUUCUAAUAUUGUCAGUAAUCACAACAACAACAACAGCAAAGAUAAUCAUCAUCAUCACAACACUAGUUCUUCAUCUUCAUCAUCUUCUUGUUGUGAUAUGAGUAUCAAGUGUUGGUGUAGGAUGAAAUUAGACCAUUGUGUUUUGUCACAAUCAUUUCUAUAUUAUGUAUCAACUUUUAUUAUCUUUGGUUCCAUCGCUACUAUAUACGCUUGGCUUGCUUUCUCACCUUUUCAAAGACCUAAUUUACCUUCAUUAGGUUGUCAUCGAGAUAAUGAAGGAUCAUGGUCCAUCGGUGUUUUUUAUGGACAUUCUCCCUUUUCUUUAAAACCAAUUGAAUCUGUAAAUGUUUGGAAAAAUGAGAGUUCUGCUUGGCCAGUGGCUAAUCCAGUUUUUACUUGUGCUUCUGCCUCAAAUGCUGGUUACCCUAGUAAUUUUGUGGCUGAUCCUUUUAUCUAUAUUCAGGAAGACGUACUUUAUUUGUUUUAUGAGACCAAGAACUCCAUCACGUUGCAAGGAGAUAUUGGUGUGGCGAAGAGUAUUGAUAAAGGUGCUACAUGGCAGCAAUUGGGUACUGCUUUAGAUGAAGACUGGCAUCUCUCCUAUCCAUAUGUUUUCGACUACCAAGGCCAUAUAUACAUGAUGCCUGAGGGCAGUGAGAUUGGGGAAGUUCGUCUCUACAGAGCUCUGAAUUUCCCCCUGCAGUGGACGCUGCAUAAGGUUAUUAUGAAGAAGCCCCUUGUCGAUACCUUCCUCAUAAACCGUAAUGGUAAUUAUUGGCUUUUCGGAUCAGAUCACAGCGGUUUUGGGACUAAAAAGAAUGGUCAAUUGGAAAUCUGGUAUAGUAACUCACCGAUGGGUCCAUGGAAACCACACAAGCAGAAUCCAAUUUACAACACUGAUCAGAGCUAUGGAGCUCGGAAUGGAGGCAGGCCAUUUGUAUAUGAGGGGAACUUGUACCGCAUGGGUCAAGAUUGUGGUGAAACGUACGGACGUCGUCUCCGUUCUUUCAAAGUGGAAGUUCUCACGAAGUAUGAGUACAGAGAAGUGGAAGUCCCUCUAGGUAUAGAAGAGUCUGGAAAAGGUAGAAAUGCUUGGAAUGGUGCCCGUUAUCAUAACCUCGAUGUACAACAGUUAAGUACUGGUGAGUGGGUCGGGGUAAUGGAUGGUGAUCGGGUUCCUUCAGGUGACAUUGUUCAUAGACACUUUAUGGGCUCUAUGGCUCUUGUUGCUGUGGCUGCCUUGGUUAUAUUAGUGGGACUUUUGAUUGGAGCUAUCAAUUGCAUUGUACCUCUUAGCUGGUGCUCCCAGAGCUUGGGAAAGAGAAGUGAUGCAUUCUCAAGUUGGGAGCGUCCCAGUUCGUUGUCAUCAAAACUGAGGCGCAUCUGUACCAGGUUGAACAGAAUGAGUUCGUUUGCCAGAGGUAGAAUGAAGCCUAAUAGUUGCUCUGGAAAAUUGUUCUCCAGUUUAGUGUUUGUGAUAGCGGUUGCACUAGUCUGCUUUAGUGUUAAAUACAUUUAUGGUGGUAGUGGUGCAGAAGAAGCUUACCCGUUGGAGGGCCACUUUUCUCAGUUCACAUUACUAACAAUGACAUACGAUGCAAGGUUGUGGAAUUUGAAAAUGUAUGUGAAGCAUUAUUCAAGGUGCUCAUCUGUGGGGGAAAUUGUUGUCGUGUGGAACAAGGGCCAGCCUCCUAAUAUAAGUGAGCUAGACUCUGCUGUGCCCGUCAGAAUCAGAGUAGAGAAGCAGAACUCAUUGAACAAUCGUUUCAAGAUAGAUCCUCUAAUAAAGACCAAAUCUGUUCUUGAACUCGAUGAUGAUAUCAUGAUGGCAUGUGAUGAUAUCGAACGAGGAUUCCAAGCAUGGAGGGAACACCCAGAUAGGAUAGUUGGGUUCUACCCUCGUCUCAUAGAGGGAAGUCCACUGAAGUAUAGAGAUGAAAAGUAUGCCCGGAAGUGUCAUGGAUAUAAUAUGAUAUUAACUGGGGCCGCGUUUAUGGAUAGUACUGUAGCAUUUCAGAGGUAUUGGAGCGACGAAGCCAAGGCAGGUAGGGAUUUUGUUGACAAAUACUUUAACUGUGAAGAUGUGCUUCUGAAUUUCCUGUAUGCAAAUGCUAGUAGUUCAUCAAGAGCAGUGGAGUAUGUCAAACCUUCUUGGGCAAUUGAUACCUCUAAAUUCUCUAGAGUGGCUAUCAGCCGGAAUACACAAGUUCAUUAUCAGUUAAGAACAAAUUGCCUAAUGAAGUUUUCGCAGAUGUACGGAAGCUUGGGUAGUAAAUGGUCAUUCAAAGGUAGGAAAGAUGGUUGGGAUGUAUAGGGAAGAAAAGGAUACUAAUAACAACAGAUCACUUACUACCCCUCUUUUUUCUCCUCUAAUGUUGUUAUUUUCUCUCUUACUGUAAUCUUUUGUGGUUUUGUUUUUGGGGGCGUCAAAUAGGUUCGUUAAGUAAAAUGUACAUUGAUGUUAUCGUGGCCUUCUUUUUUCGCUUCCUGUCAGAAUAGGGUCAUUCAUUUUUGUUUAUUGUUCCAAACAUAGUUGGUGUCCUCGCUAGAUACUUUAGGAAGAAGAAAGUGCAAGUUCAAAGGUGAAGUUGUUCAGCUCUUGUAUGCGUUGUGUGCGCUAGAUUUUUCGUUAGUUGGAUUGAAAUAGUCACUUUUAUAAGAAAAAGCAGCAAUUGAAGAUCAGAUUCAGCAAAAUGGUUAGGACAGAACCUGACAUGACCCACCAAUUACAAAGUGGAGGUUGUUGCCAGCUUUGAAUUCUGAUUCAGUUCUCUUUUUCUGUACAUUAUUUGUAAUGUUUUGACUGAGUUUGAUUUGAAAGGGAGGAAGGUGAUUGGUGAUGGUGAUACACACCCUGUGACACCUUUUCUUUCCAAUAAUGCAGAAGGAAGGAAAUUUUAGUAUUGUUCUGUA